GCAGAGCUCGGGGUGACAGGCGAGCGAGCUGGAUCGGGAGUGCGGUUGCGGCUUUCUGCACUCCCGGUGGCGGAAUGGCCAGUGCGCUGCUUGUCGCGUCUCCGGCCUGCGACCCUUAGACGCCUAAGCCUUCCCUGCGCGCCGAUCCUCCCGCGCGGACGCUGCCGGCGAGCCGGCGGUGAGGCGACUCGGCUCCUGCGGUCCGUUCUCUCAGGCAGCGCGAUCAGGAUUUUUAGACUCUGAGGAGCAAUUGGAGCUCAUCCACACCAUGGAAAUGGAAACCACCGAACCUGAGCCAGACUGUGUAGUGCAGCCUCCCUCUCCUCCUGAUGACUUUUCAUGCCAAAUGAGACUCUCUGAGAAGAUCACUCCAUUGAAGACUUGUUUUAAGAAAAAGGAACAGAAGAGAUUGGGAACCGGAACCCUGAGGUCUUUGAGGCCAAUUUUAAAUACUUUGCUAGAAUCUGGCUCACUUGAUGGCGUUUUUAGAUCUAGAAACCAGAGUGCAGAUGAGAGCAGCUUACAUGAACCUAUUGUGAAAAAACCCCUGGAAAUCAAUCCAUCAUGUCCACCAGCGGAAAACAGUAUGUCUGUCCUGAUUCCUGAUGGGACAAAUGUUGGGGGCCAAAUACCAGAAGCUCAUCCUUCCACUGAUACUCCAGAACAAGUGGUUCCAAUCCAGGAUCACAGCUUUCCACCGGAAGCUAUCAGUGGGACGGUGGCAGAUUCUACAGCAGGGCACUUCCAGACUGACCUUUUGCACCCCGUUUCAAGUGAUGUUCCUACUAGUCCUGACUGCAUAGACAAAGUCAUGGAUUACAUUCCAGGGGUUUUCCAAGACAACAAUUUUACAAUCCAGUACAUUUUGGACACCAGUGAUAAGUUGAGUACCGAGCUUUUUCAGGACAAAAGUGAAGAGGCUUCCCUUGACCUUGUGUUUGAGCUGGUGAACCAGCUACAGUACCACACUCACCAAGAGAAUGGAAUUGAAAUUUGCAUGGACUUUUUGCAAGGCACUUGUAUUUAUGGCAGGGAUUGUUUGAAGCACCACACGGUCUUGCCAUAUCAUUGGCAGAUCAAGAGGACAACUACUCAAAAGUGGCAGAGUGUAUCCACUGAUUCCCAGGAGCACUUGGAAAGAUUUUACUGUAACCCAGAGAAUGAUAGAAUGAGAAUGAAGUAUGGAGGACAAGAAUUUUGGGCAGAUUUGAAUGCCAUGAAUGUGUAUGAAACAACUGAAUUUGACCAACUACGAAGGCUGUCCACACCACCCUCUAGCAAUGUAAACUCCAUUUAUCACACAGUCUGGAAGUUCUUCUGUAGGGACCACUUUGGAUGGAGAGAGUAUCCUGAGUCUGUUAUUCGAUUGAUUGAAGAAGCCAACUCUAGGGGUCUGAAAGAGGUCAGAUUUAUGAUGUGGAACAACCACUACAUCCUCCACAACUCAUUCUUCAGGAGAGAAAUAAAAAGGAGACCCCUCUUCCGCUCCUGUUUUAUACUGCUUCCAUAUUUACAGACACUUGGUGGUGUUCCCACACAGGCUCCUCCACCUCUUGAAGCAACCUCCUCAUCACAGAUUAUCUGCCCAGAUGGGGUCACCUCAGCAAACUUUUACCCUGAAACUUGGGUUUAUAUGCAUCCAUCUCAGGACUUCAUCCAAGUGCCUGUUUCUGCAGAGGACAAAAGUUAUCGAAUCAUUUAUAAUCUUUUUCAUAAGACUGUGCCUGAGUUUAAAUAUAGAAUUUUGCAAAUAUUGAGAGUCCAAAACCAGUUUCUUUGGGAGAAAUAUAAAAGGAAAAAGGAAUAUAUGAACAGGAAAAUGUUUGGCCGUGACAGAAUAAUAAAUGAGAGACAUUUAUUUCAUGGAACAUCCCAGGAUGUGGUAGAUGGAAUCUGCAAGCACAACUUUGACCCUCGAGUCUGUGGAAAGCAUGCUACAAUGUUUGGACAAGGCAGUUACUUUGCAAAGAAGGCAAGCUACUCUCAUAACUUUUCUAAGAAGUCGUCCAAAGGAGUCCAUUUCAUGUUUCUGGCCAAAGUGCUAACUGGCAGAUACACGAUGGGCAGUCAUGGCAUGAGACGGCCCCCUCCUGUCAAUCCUGGCAGUGUCACCAGCGACCUGUAUGACUCUUGUGUGGAUAAUUUCUUUGAGCCUCAGAUUUUUGUCAUUUUUAAUGACGAUCAGAGUUACCCUUAUUUUGUUAUCCAAUAUGAAGAAGUCAGUAACACUGUUUCCAUUUGAAAAAUCUUGGUACGGUUAAGUUAUUUGAUAUGAACUCAAUCCAGCGUUUGUAGCAGGUUUUGGAUGGGUAGGACAGAGUGGGAACAGCAUUGGACAUUAAUAGGGCACUUUUAAGACCCCUUUUUUUAAGUGCUAGAAAGUGAAAAUUUUUUAAAGAAAAACACAAGUUUUAAAAUGACCACUUAUUCUUUAAUUAUUUACUAAUUGUUGUUAGUGUACUCAGUGUGGAAAAGACUAAAGAUUGCAUUCUCUUUUUAUUCACACUUGUACAUAUAGGCAGCAAUGGUAUUAGGAGCAUUUAAAAAAAAACAAAAAAGAAAGAAACUGAACAGCCUAACUAAUUAAAUGUGACUUAAGCCUGGUAGAAGUUUGGCCAAAUGAAAUGGAGGCUGUGAGCAAGGUGAGGAUUCUAUUUAUUUAUAAUGAUAAAACUGACUGGAGCUGGUACUACCACACUUCUUCCCUGUCCAAAGCAUCACUUGUGGUGUGGGAUAAGUUCACGAAAUUCUGGUGGGUGGAAAGAAAUUUUUAUUUUCUAUCAGCAGAACUGAAAUGUAUCGCCCGGCCAGAGAGCGACGACUUUAAUUGUUCUCCAGAGUUUGCCAUCAAGUGAAAAAAAGAAACCAUUUGAAAAAUUUUUGUCACCAGCAAAAUUUUUCACUAACUGGUUAUAUAAAACAUGAUUAUUGUGUUGUUAAACUUCAGCCUUAGAAAACUCAGUCUCUUCCAUUAUCAUCUACCCCAAUCUGAAGGAGUUGGGCAGCUAGUUUGGUUAAAGCCAGUCCUGAGGAUUAAUAGUAUUACUUUAUUUUAGAGUUCCAGACCUAGGCCCUGACUGAAAGUUUUAGAGAAAGGAAGUUACAUCUAUAACUGAAUUGAUAAGGUUUAUGACUGUGCUUUGCACAAAGUAGACUCUCAAAAGUAUUUAUUGGCUUGGAAAUGAUGUUAAAGGUGGUUAUCCCACCCCUGUGCCUGCUCUGCCAGAUGCAGCCGGGUUCCCUGGCUGACUCUGUACUUUACACUACUUAAUAGAAACACAAACUGGGAAAUUGUGCCACUGGCCCAGCUGGAGCGAUGUUAGGCGCGUAUGCUAAUGCCUCACUUCAGAGAGUUAGCAGCCAGGUAUACUUUGCCUUUAGCAAAGCAAAUACCUGGAUUGGUGGAAGUGGUUGUUCACAAAAGAAUUCACCAUGGAAUUCUUUCAGACACCAAGCUCUCCUAGUCUGUUUGUGGUUAUUUCAUUUACACAAAACUUUUCAGGAACUCCUGUGUUGUUUAAAACAAGAUAUAUCUAUACUGAUGUCUCAGUGAAUCGGUCUGUUUAAGCACUUAUCAGGGCUUCCACACAAUUAUUUAUUUUGCCCUAGUUGAUCUUGUUGUUUGCUGCCAUUGGCAUGAAACAGCCAACUGGCUGUUACAGUUGUUCUUUCAUUCAAUUAUAACUUGUAAACCAGUGAUUCCCAAUCUUUUUCAAGUUAAGACACCUUACCAUUGCUUAUUUGAUUUUAUGAAACUUGUUCCUUUUUUUCUCCUUAAAGGAAAAUAAAGCUUUAUGACAUAUUUAUUUUUUUAAUAAAACUAAGCAAAAAUAAAAGUUCUGGUAAUUCUUUAAAA